UUCGGGUCUUCGGGGGGUGGUUUUCUGCUCCGGCCGGUGCGAAAAAAAAACAUGCAAAAGAAGCACUUCACCACCACUGCACGAGAGACCCACUGAGCUUCAUCAUGUCAUUCAAUCUUGCAUUUCUAGCAUGUUUACUCCUGGUGGGUGUUGACGUUUACGGGCACGAUGAGGAAGAGUCGUUGUCCGUAAAAUAUUCUGCCGAAUCUUUUAACCUCGGUCUUGCCACGAAUAAUCACUUUGUGAUGUUCUAUGCUCCCUGGUGUGGCCACUGCUCUCGCCUUUCACCUACUUGGGAAAAGUUAGCUGAAGAAUUCAACGAUGGUUCGAGUUCAAAUGAUGUUAUCAUUGCGAAGGUGGACUGCACUGUUGAAACUGCAUUAUGCUCUGAACAUGAUGUAACUGGCUACCCUACGCUGAAGUUCUUCAAAGCUGGUCACGAUGAAGGUUCAAAAUAUCGUGGUGGACGUGAUUAUGAGGCUCUAAAGUCAUACAUCGGUGAGCAAGUGGGCAAGGUUCUGAAAGAGAUUGAUGAGAUGCAACUUCAAGAAGAGCCUAAAGCUCCUGCUCCAGUCAGUGGACUUGUAGAACUCACUGAAGAAACAUUUGAUAACUAUAUCGCCACAGGCAACCAUUUUGUAAAGUUUUAUGCUCCUUGGUGUGGUUAUUGCAAGAAACUUGCACCCACCUGGGAGAAACUUGCAGAAUCCCUUCAUUUCACUACCAACAUUAGAGUGUCACAAGUUGAUUGCACAGAGCACAAAGAGGUUUGCCAGCGAUUUGAAGUAAAGGGAUACCCUACAUUACUUUGGAUAGUUGAUGGGCAAAAGAUUGAAAAGUACAGUGGUGAUCGCUCUAUUGAAGACCUCAAGGCGUAUGUUAGUGACCAGUUGGGAGUUGACUUGGUUGAGACACCAGAAGAGGUUCCUUCCAUUUCAAAUCCUGUUGUUCAACUUUCAAAAGAAAACUUUGACCAUGUUGUUGAGAAAGGAUUAACAUUUGUCAAGUUCUUCGCUCCUUGGUGUGGCCACUGCAAGCGAAUGGCCCCAACUUGGGAUGAACUUGGCAAUAAGUUUCUAGGCAUUGGUGAAGUGACAAUUGGAAAAGUUGAUUGCACUUUGGAUAUCAAUAAGGACCUUUGCAUGCAGCAGGAGGUCAGAGGAUACCCUUCAAUAUAUUUAUACAAGGAUGGUGAAAGAAUCAAUAGCUAUGAAGGAAAUCGUCAACUUGAGGAUAUGUACUUGUUUGUAGCAAAGUACCUUCAACUAAAGGAUGAAUUGUAAUGUGCCAAUCAGUAUGAAAAUCUCCUACAGGUGACUUCUUCCACCAUUAAUUGUUCAAUGCAAUGUUUCUUGAUUCUAAAGACUGUUUUGAGUUCUGUAAAAAUCCUUAGUACUGUAUUAAUUUUCAAGGUUACUUAUUUUGUCCAGAUUGUUGCAAAUUGAUGCACUGUUUUCAAUGAGCAAUUUUUUUCUCACUUGUUGUGGGAACACAUUUUAGUUUAUUUUUCGUGCUGAACUGAUUUGAGAACAGUAAACAGCAUGAAAAAUAAGUAGAUAAUGUUUUGCCAUUCUGUAUGGUGGAACCUUUGACAAUUGCCAGAAAGCUGUGAUAGAAUUUUCUGUAUUCCUACACAUAGAUUGAAAAGAGUAUGGACUGCUUCAUUUUGCUACUGUUCAUGUGUGUAGCUACUAUAAUAUGCGAUCUUUGUCAUGUCAUGAGGGGUUCAUUAUGAGUUUGCCCUGCAUUUUAUUUGUGUCAAAGCCACUGUUAAAUGAAUGUUUUCUGGUUUUGGUAGGUUUUGAUUUUUACAUCUUUGUACUUACUUUUGGUCUUAUUAGAUAAUUGUGCUCGAUUUGCAUACUCUUGUAGUUUCUGUUUCUUUUUUCAAUGUAGUAUUAGGUAGGCCGUCAAAGCAUAUCAAAAGAAAAAGAACUUUGUGCAUGUUCCAGUCAAAAGUUUAGUAUUUUAACAACUUGUCGUCUUCCUCCAUUGCUAUUAGUCAUCUCAGCCACAUAUUGACUUCACAGAGAAAUAAGUGUGAGGUCAGUUCUCUUCAACCAUUUGUCGUGUCAAUCAUGUUUGUGUUUUGUGUAAGGUGUAACAAAGCUAUUAAUAAAGUUUAUUGAAAGGAGC